CUUUUCUUUUUUUUGAUCCAAGGCUUUCUUAUUCUUUGGUCGCGAGAGAAAACAAAAAUAUGGACUAGUAAAUACAAGCACAAACAGAAAGAGAGGGCAUGGUUUUUGCAUAGCAACAACCAUGAGGAACACCAACAACAACAACAAUAACAGCCCAGAAGAUCAGAGGAAGAAAGAGAGCACUCUCACAAGCCUUGAUUCCAGAUUCAACCAGACCCUCAGGAAUGUUCAAGGUUUGCUCAAAGGCCGCAGUAUUCCUGGUAAAAUAUUACUGACUAGGAGAUCAGACCCACUAGAUGAAUCAAGCGUACAAGAACGGACUCCAGAGUAUGAAAGGAGCCUUUCAUACAAUGAAGCUGGCUCAAGUGAUCACUUGGCCAAGGCAGCAGAGGAAGAAGUCCAGAGUACUAGCAAGCCAAAUAAUAACACAAAUGUCAUUAAGUUAAAAAUGUCAACCUCAGAGAUCGAAAAUACAUCCAAAGAAGUUCAGAAGUCUGCCAUGGGUGCAAGAGCUACAGAUUCAGCAAGAGUUAUGAAGUUCACAAAGGCACUUUCUGGGACAACAGUCAUAUUAGAGAAGUUGCGUGAGUUAGCUUGGAGUGGAAUACCAGAUUAUAUGCGCCCUGAUGCGUGGAGGCUUCUCUUGGGAUAUGCACCACCUAAUUCAGAUAGAAAGGAGGGAAUUUUAAGGAGGAAGCGCCUUGAGUAUCUUGACUGUGUUUCUCAGUAUUAUGACAUUCCAGAUACAGAAAGAUCAGAUGACGAGAUCAAUAUGCUUCGCCAGAUUGCUGUUGAUUGUCCACGCACUGUACCUGAUGUCUCUUUCUUCCAAGAACCACAAGUUCAGAAAUCCUUGGAGCGCAUCCUUUAUACAUGGGCCAUUCGGCAUCCUGCAAGUGGAUAUGUUCAGGGAAUAAAUGAUCUGGCUACACCCUUUCUAGUUGUUUUCUUGUCAGAAUACUUAGAAGGGGGUGCGGAUAACUGGUCAAUCUCUGAUUUAUCUCUGGAAAAUAUCUCUAACUUAGAGGCUGAUUGCUACUGGUGUCUAUCGAAGUUGCUUGAUGGUAUGCAAGACCAUUACACUUUUGCUCAACCGGGAAUUCAGAGGCUUGUGUUUAAGUUGAAGGAAUUGGUCAGGCGGAUUGAUGAACCUGUUUCAAGACACAUGGAGGAGCAAGGGCUGGAAUUUCUUCAAUUUGCUUUCCGCUGGUUCAACUGUCUUCUAAUACGCGAGAUACCUUUCCAUCUUGUUACACGCCUGUGGGACACAUAUCUUGCAGAAGGGGAUGCGUUGCCAGAUUUCCUUGUGUACAUAUUUGCCAGUUUUCUUUUAACGUGGUCAGAUAAGCUUCAGAAGCUUGAUUUCCAAGAAUUGGUGAUGUUCCUUCAACACCUUCCGACUCAAAACUGGACUCACCAAGAGCUUGAGAUGGUGCUUUCAAGAGCAUUCAUGUGGCACAGUAUGUUUAACAACUCUCCCAGCCACUUGGCUAGCUAAAAAGGGAAUUGUAAUAGCUAUUGUUUAUGGUCAGUUAGGAAUUUUGUUCUUUACACUAUGUUUUUCAUAUUUUGCUGCCUUUUGGUAUCUAUAGAUGUGUUUUCUCUUACUUCAUUGGAGAAAACCGGCCCAUGUUCUCAUAUGUAUUUUGGCUUGUAAUAUGUGUAUUUUCAGACAUUUCUUUGUAGAUUUACUUUGACCAUAGAAAGAUAAAAAAGAACAAAAGAAUUACCUUGUUGUAUGACAAUUUCCCAUUUCGUGAAUGGAGUGAGAGGAAUCCAAUAUAUUCAUUA